AAUACGAUUUGUGUAGAGAUGAGAUUUCAAGGUUCUUUUGAGGUAAAGCCCACAUUGACAGAACACCGAUACAAAAUGUGCACCCCAACAAGUAAGACAACCAACACCCAAAUCUGUCAGCCAGAAUCGGCCCACCAGCAAUAAACUUUCACCCAGCAAAUUAUUUUGUAUUUUCACUAUUUCUUAACUUUUGUUUUCUUAUUUAUUGACUUUCAUUUAUUAAUUAUAAGCUCUUUGGAAAUGCUUUCUGAAAAAGUUAGGAAAUAAUCAAAAGAUAGAUUAGGUUAAUAAAUAAGAUGGAUUACAGUAAUAAAUAAGAUAGAUGGACAAUGGAUUGAUCUUGUGAAGGAGGUUUUUAACAUUCAUAAAACCAGAUAAACAAUGUAUAGAAGAACGCAACUUACAAUGUAUAACCUAUAGGGCAUGUUGUGAUCUGUGGGGGAAACCGGAGUACCCGGAGGAAACCCACGCAUGCAUGGGGAGAACACGCAACUCCACGCAAAAAGGCCGCAGCCGAGUUUUGAACCUGCGACCUUCGUGCUGCGAGGCAACAGUGCCAACAACUGCACCACCAUGCAGCCUUACCGGGCAAUCAGGAGUUUAUAUUCCUCAGAAAUUUCUGGGAAACAGUGCAUUUGGUGAGGUUUACAAGGGUUUAAAACAGAACAGCUGAAGCAGUGUCUCUGAAGUUUAUCACCAUUGAUUAAGUUAAUCGAUCACUUUGAAUAUAAUGACAGCUUCUGUUUAGUGUUUGAAACAUAUUACAUGAAUAUAUUUGGUUUAUUUCAAAUGAGAGAGGGGGAACCACUAGAUGUCAGUCAAGUCCAGGUGGUUUGCCCACGACCUGCUGGUGGAUCUGAGUGAACUCAAAAAAGGGAAGAAGACAAAUCAAAAUACACCAGAUUUCAUUGUUACACAGAUCUUGGAUACAGAGGUUGAUUCUGAUGAGGAAACUUCAAAGAAUGAAAGCAUUCAAAAGAACUCCCUUUAGUUUGAGGAUGUCACCAUCUGUCAAGGGGAAAGAGUAAUAAGACAUAAUUAGGAUGCAGUUUAAGUUUUAAUAACUUUUAUUUCUAAUAAAUUUCUAUCUUUCCCUUCAUGUAAAGAUACAGAAUACAUUCUUAGUGAGUUUAAACUAGUGUCUGAUUCAGCUUUUUAACUUUCAGUGCAGUUUUAAAUAUUUGAAAGAAUUCUAUUACAAUAAUGUCCGUCUGUGAACAUCAGAGUGGUAGAGGACAAACAAAUCUUCAUGAGAAACAUUUUUAACUUCAUUUGUCCAUGCAGCUCUUUACUCGCUCCAACUCCAGUUACUAAUCCAUCCCAACUAGAGGAAGCUGUUUUUAUUCUGAGACGGCCAUGGUCAGUUUAGUUAGAGAUGUAGAUCAUUUGACAGACAGCAGCAGCAUUUGGCAUAUCAUCAAUAAAGUAAAAUGUGAUCAUGAACAUGAGUAAUUAUUUUAUUUUUUCAGUUUAACCACAUGAUGCUGACUUCCGUGACCUGCUGAAGCAUGCUACACACUCAGGAUAACCAUGGUAACACGACGUGUCUUCCAGAAUAACCAGAGCUGAAUCAGGACGUCUGAACAACAGAACCUUGACAACGUUGGUACUUACUGCAGGACUGUUCAUUUGCAUCUGUUAAAUUAUUUAUCACUCACGGUCAGGUUGGGAUUAUAGUCUUUACUUGAAGACAGAACAAGAAGAAUUAUUAACAAUGAAAUAUCAGCAUAAAUAAAUAACUAGAUCAUUAAUUAAUAAGUUUCAGGUCAAACUGCUGCCUUUGCAUUCAUGUCCAUCUUCAUGUAUUCACAUGAUCCUGAGUGGUGAUGAGCAACAAUCAGGUGGGUGGAAGCAUCUGGUCUGGUCAGGGAAGGAGUAAAUGCUGGUAAGUGGAGUGGUGCAGCUGGCUAGGUGAUGGGGCCUUUUCCAGGAUCACUGGUAUUAAAAGGAAUGGUAAGGGAGCUAAAAUCCCUCCAAAAACACCACCCAUCUGUACUGGUGCUGGAGUGUUGGUGGGGGUUUGCUUGUUGUGGUGCUAAAUGAUGUGUUUCUUUGUUUUUGUCUCUUUUCAUCUGGGUUCUGGUGUCAGAGAGAGGGAUCCUCUAGUCCUGAAGAAGUCUGGAGCUUGCUGAUCUCACUGAAGCAGUUCUUUUGUGGGGUCUCGUGAGACUAAAACAUGUCAAUGCCUGACUUAAAAUGUUUGUGCAGGUUGAACUUAUCACAGUUCUCCGUUAUUAUGAUCUCUGGCUUUUAAUAAAGAAAUAAAUAAAAAAUGUUUUUUUUUGACUCACAUAUGCUGUUUUCUAAUAAGGUUUUAACCAGAAAUAGCUUUAUUUAAAUUAACAUUUUAAUAAAUUAGUUACUAUUUUACACUAGUUGUUAGGGUGGAAGGACAAUCAGCAGGGUUAUAGAUGCAUUUACAAUCACAUGUUUUCCCCCAAGUUAUUAAAAACGUGUUUUAAAUUAGUUUAGAUCAUCUCAUGUUCCAUCUGACAGCAGGCAGAGAACAGACAGACUGAAGAUUAAAUCCUGGAAACAGUUAUCUCUCCUGCUUGGUAGAUCUGAAGGAACUACUGACAUUAAAGUCUAUAUUAAGACAAAAAGAAGAGCAUCUAUGCUAGCAUGCAGAGAACAGAAGCUCUCAAAUUAUAAACCACAUUCUUUCAUUGAUAGGUGUAUUCUAUAAACACUUAUUUUUAUACAAUUAUACCUAUUUUAGCUAAAUACGAUCUGUAACCCACGUGUUUUCUACGUUUUGUUUGCAAUAUAUCUUUUAAAAAUAUAAAGUUGAUAAAUGUUUGUGGCGCUCCAAAAAAUAAAUGCUUUGAUAAAAUACAUAAUUAGUGUAAUAAUAAACAUACAUUAUCGGUCAAAAAAUAUCUGUAGAAAUGAGAAAAGGGUCGUUUUAGCGUCGAGUCCGGCCAGUAACCGCUCAUGUUGACUAGCAGCGCUGAGCUGUUAGCGUUAGCAUUAGCAACUAAGGGCACCGUAAAUCACGUGACCACUGCUUUGAUGAUGCCACGUGACCACUGGGUGCUUUGAUUGUGUCACGUGACCACUGGGUGCUUUGAUGACGUCACUACUAUGCGUCGUCAUAUAAAGGUCGGUUCAGAUUCCAAUUAUCAUUCUGAACAGAUCACAGCUCCAGAGCGGUUGUGUAGCAUAAACAUCCCUUCUGACAGUAUUUAGAAGGACUCAUUCUUUUACCGACAGGAACUUGGUGAGUAGCCUAUCACAGUCAAAAGCUGAAAUCAAAUCAGUUUUAAGAGACAAUCCAUAUUUUGAACUUGAAAAGAUUCAGUUAUCAGUCACCAGUCUUUCAGCUUCAGUAUUCAGAACUGGAAAACAGCCAAUUAAGCUAAAAUGCCUCUUAAGUUUUACAAAAACGAGAUCCUUACCGGGCGAUCUGGAGUUUAUAUUCUUAAGAAAUUUCUGGGAAAAGGUAAUUUUGGUGCAGUUUACAAGGGUUUAAAACAGGGAACAGAUGAAGCAGUGGCUCUGAAGUUUAUGGAUCGCCGUGACUCUGCUUUCGGAGAAGUCAUUAUAUUGGAACAUCUCAGAGAACUCCAGGCUCAUGAGAACGCCCUGAUUAAGUUCAUCGAUAACUUUGUUCACAAUGAUCGCAACUGUUUAGUGUUUGAGAUGCUGGAUAUGGACUUAUUUGACUUAAUGGAAAUUAGACAGAAAAAACCACUAGAUGUCAGUGAAGUUCGGGUGGUUGCCCGCGACCUGCUGGUGGGUCUGAACGCACUGAAGAAUGCUGGAGUGACUCACGCAGAUAUAAAACCAGACAAUAUUAUGCUGGUUAAUCACCAGUCGCAGCCUUUCAGAGUCAAGCUGAUAGAUUUUGGGCUUGCUAUAGAAACAUACAAACUACGGCGUUAUGAUACCAUACAGGUGUGUGGUUUCAGAGCACCAGAGGUGAACUUAGGUCUCCCUCUGACUGAAGCCAUUGACAUGUGGGCUGUUGCUUGUACACUGACCUACAUCUUUCUUGGAGAUCAUAUUCACAAUACUAUUUGUGAGUUUAAAAAUAUGAGGCAGAUCUUUAAGCUCCACGGUCUGCCUGACCAGGAUUUACUUGGCAAGGGAACGAAAGUGGAUCGCUUUUUCAUUUUUGACCAGUCAAACCAAACUUGGAGGUUUAAAACACCACAGGAGUAUACGGAGAGGAUAAUCAUCGAUGGCGACAAACAUGAUGUUGCGUUAGACUCUAUCGAUGACUUUUUAACAAUUCAUCCAGAAAUACAAGACCCCUUUGAGUUAGAAGAUCUGCAGGCUUUCGUAGACCUCCUGAAAAAGAUGUUUACAGUGAAUCCCUCAGAGCGGAUCACUCCAGAAGAAGCUCUAAAUCACAGAUUUAUAACAAUGAGCCACCUUCCUCCUACCAGCAAUAACUCAUAUGUGAUAUGGGCAUAUGAAAAAAUGAAAGUUUAUCGAAUGGAGAAAGAAGAACCGAGCAUAUCCCCUGAUUUCAAUGUAAGACAGACUGCUGACAGAAAAUCAGAUCUCUCUGAUUUCAAUCCAUCUGAUUCUGAUCUGUCGGACUCAGAUCUCUCUGAAUUAGAAGAUUCUGACUCUGAUCUGUCUGACUUUGAUUCAUCAGAUUCUGAUCUGUCUGACUUUGAUUCAUCAGAUUCUGAUCUGUCUGACUUUGAUUCAUCAGAUUCUGAUCUGUCUGACUUUGAUUCAUCAGAUUCUGAUCUGUCUGACUUGGAUACAGAUGAAGAAUCUAAUGAGCCAGCGAACACAUCAGAUUUUCAACUCCUUAAGAUUCAGGACGCUAAUUUAUCAGAUAUGAAGUUGCACGAUCCAGAACUGGAAGGCAGCAGAAGAGACAGACUAGAUGAAACAUCGUUUGAAUUAUACAAAGAUCAAACAAUCACUGGGGAAUCGGGAGUUUAUAUUAUUCAAAAAUUUUUGGGUCGUGUUGCUUUUGGACAAGAGGUCAAGGGUUUAAAACAGGGGACAGAUGAAGUCGUGGCUCUCAAAUUUAUCCACAAAGACAACAGUGAAUCAGCUACCGCAGAAGCCACUAUAUUGAAACAUCUCAAGGAGCUCCAAGCUGACCAGAAGAACCUGAUCAAGUUAAUCGAUCACUUUGAAUUUAAUGACAGCCUCUGUUUAGUGUUUGAGAUGCUGGACAUGGACUUAUUUGGUUUACUUAAAACGAGAGAGUGGGAACCACUAGAUGUCAGUGAAGUUCGGGUGGUUGCCCGCGACCUGCUGGUGGCUCUGAACGCACUGAAGAUUGCUGGAGUGACUCACGCAGAUAUAAAACCAGACAAUAUUAUGCUGGUUAAUCAUCAGUCGCAGCCUUUCAGAGUCAAGCUGAUAGAUUUUGGGGUUGCUAUGGAAACACACAAACUAUGGCGUUGUGAUACCAUACAGGUGUGUGGUUUCAGAGCACCAGAGGUGAACUUAGGUCUCCCUCUGACUGAAGCCAUUGACAUGUGGGCUGUUGCCUGUACACUGGCCUUCAUCUUUCUUGGAGAUUAUAUUCACAAUACUAUUUGUGAGUUUAUCAAUAUGAGGCAGAUCUUUAAGCUCCACGGUCUGCCUGACCAGGAUUUACUUGGCAAGGGAACGAAAGUGGAUCGCUUUUUCAUUUUUGACCAGUCAAACCAAACUUGGAGGUUUAAAACACCACAGGAGUAUACGGAGACGAUAAUGAUCAAUGCCGACGACUAUGAUAUUGCGUUAGACUCUAUCGAUGACUUCUUAACGAUUCAUCCAGAAAUACAAGACCCCUUUGAGUUAGAAGAUCUGCAGGCUUUCGUAGACCUCCUGAAAAAGAUGUUUACAGUGAAUCCCUCAGAGCGGAUCACUCCAGAAGAAGCUCUAAAUCACAGAUUUAUAACAAUGAGCCACCUUCCUCCUACCAGCAAUAACUCAUAUGUGAUAUGGGCAUAUAAAAAAAUGAAAGUUUAUCGAAUGGAGAAAGAAGAACCGAGCAUAUCCCCUGAUUUCAAUGUAAGACAGACUGCUGACAGAAAAUCAGAUAUCUUUGAUUUCAGUCCAUCUGAUUAUGAUCUGUCGGACUCAGAUCUCUCUGAAUUAGAAGAUUCUGACUCUGGUCUGUUCGACUCCGGUCUGUCUGACUUUGAUUUAUCAGAUUCUGAUCUGUCUGACUUGGAUACAGAUGAAGAAUCUAAUGAGCCAGCGAACACAUCAGAUUUUCAACUCCUUAAGAUUCAGGAAGCUAAUUUAGCAGAUAUGAAGUUGCACGAUCCAGAACUGGAAGGCAGCAGAAGAGACAGACUAGAUGAAACAUCGUUUGAAUUAUACAAAGAUCAAACAAUCACUGGGGAAUCAGGAGUUUAUAUUAUUCAAUCAUUUCUGGGUCGUGUUGCUUUUGGACAAGUGGUCAAGGGUUUAAAACAGGGGACAGAUGAAGUCGUGGCUCUCAAAUUUAUCCACAAAGACGACAGUGAAUCAGCUACCGCAGAAGCCACUAUAUUGAAACAUCUCAGGGAGCUCCAAGCUGACCAGAAGAACCUGAUCAAGUUAAUCGAUCACUUUGAGUUUAAUGACAGCCUCUGUUUAGUGUUUGAGAUGCUGGAUAUGGACUUAUUUGACUUAAUGGAAAUGAGACAGGAAAAACCACUAGAUGUCAGUGAAGUUCGGGUGGUUGCCCGCGACCUGCUGGUGGGUCUGAACGCACUGAAGAAUGCUGGAGUGACUCACGCAGAUAUAAAACCAGACAAUAUUAUGCUGGUUAAUCAUCAGUCGCAGCCUUUCAGAGUCAAGCUGAUAGAUUUUGGGGUUGCUAUGGAAACACACAAACUAUGGCGUUGUGAUACCAUACAGGUGUGUGGUUUCAGAGCACCAGAGGUGAACUUAGGUCUCCCUCUGACUGAAGCCAUUGACAUGUGGGCUGUUGCCUGUACACUGGCCUUCAUCUUUCUUGGAGAUUAUAUUCACAAUACUAUUUGUGAGUUUAUCAAUAUGAGGCAGAUCUUUAAGCUCCACGGUCUGCCUGACCAGGAUUUACUUGGCAAGGGAACGAAAGUGGACCGCUUUUUCAUUUUUGACCAGUCAAACCAAACUUGGAGGUUUAAAACACCACAGGAGUAUACGGAGACGAUAAUCAUCGAUGGCGACGACUAUGAUAUUGCGUUAGACUCUAUCGAUGACUUCUUAACGAUUCAUCCAGAAAUACAAGACCCCUUUGAGUUAGAAGAUCUGCAGGCUUUCGUAUACCUCCUGAAAAAGAUUUUUACAGUGAAUCCCUCAGAGCGGAUCACUCCAGAAGAAGCUCUAAAUCACAGAUUUAUAACAAUGAGCCACCUUCCUCCUACCAGCAAUAACUCAUAUGUGAUAUGGGCAUAUGAAAAAAUGAAAGUUUAUCGAAUGGAGAAAGAAGAACCAAGCAUAUCCCCUGAUUUCAAUGUAAGACAGACUGCUGACAGAAAAUCAGAUCUCUUUGAUUUCAAUCCAUCUGAUUAUGAUCUGUCGGACUCAGAUCUCUCUGAAUUAGAAGAUUCUGACUCUGGUCUGUUCGACUCCGGUCUGUCUGACUUUGAUUUAUCAGAUUCUGAUCUGUCUGACUUGGAUACAGAUGAAGAAUCUAAUGAGCCAGCGAACACAUCAGAUUUUCAACUCCUUAAGAUUCAGGAAGCUAAUUUAUCAGAUAUGAAGUUGCACGAUUCAGAACUGGAAGGCAGCAGAAGAGACAGACUAGAUGAAACAUCGUUUGAAUUAUACAAAGAUCAAACAAUCACUGGGGAAUCAGGAGUUUAUAUUAUUCAAUCAUUUCUGGGUCGUGUUGCUUUUGGACAAGUGGUCAAGGGUUUAAAACAGGGGACAGAUGAAGUUGUGGCUCUCAAAUUUAUCCACAAAGACGACAGUGAAUCAGCUACCGCAGAAGCCACUAUAUUGAAACAUCUCAGGGAGCUCCAAGCUGACCAGAAGAACCUGAUCAAGUUAAUCGAUCACUUUGAAUUAAAUGACAGCUUCUGUUUAGUGUUUGAGAUGCUGGAUAUGGACUUAUUUGACUUAAUGGAAAUGAGACAGGAAAAACCACUAGAUGUCAGUGAAGUUCGGGUGGUUGCCCGCGACCUGCUGGUGGCUCUGAACGCACUGAAGAAUGCUGGAGUGACUCACGCAGAUAUAAGACCAGACAAUAUUAUGCUGGUUAAUCAUCAGUCGCAGCCUUUCAGAGUCAAGCUGAUAGAUUUUGGGGUUGCUAUGGAAACACACCAACUAUGGCGUUAUGAUACCAUACAGGUAUGUGGUUUCAGAGCACCAGAGGUGAACUUAGGUCUUCCUCUGACUGAAGCCAUUGACAUGUGGGCUGUUGCUUGUACACUGGCCUUCAUCUUUCUUGGAGAUUAUAUUCACAAUCCUAUUUGUGAGUUUAACAAUAUGAGGCAGAUCUUUAAGCUCCACGGUCUGCCUGACCAGGAUUUACUUGGCAAGGGAACGAAAGUGGAUCGCUUUUUCAUUUUUGACCAGUCAAACCAAACUUGGAGGUUUAAAACACCACAGGAGUAUACGGAGACGAUAAUGAUCGAUAGCGACGACCAUGAUGUUGCGUUAGACUCUAUCGAUGACUUUUUAACGAUUCAUCCAGAAAUACAAGACCCCUUUGAGUUAGAAGAUCUGCAGGCUUUCGUAGACCUCCUGAAAAAGAUGUUUACAGUGAAUCCCUCAGAGCGGAUCACUCCAGAAGAAGCUCUAAAUCACAGAUUUAUAACAAUGAGCCACCUUCCUCCUACCAGCAAUAACUCAUAUGUGAUAUCGGCAUUUGAAAAAAGGAAAGUUUAUAUAAUGUAGGAAGAAGAAACAAGCGGCCCGUCACCUGAUUUCAUCGUGGGACAGACCGCUGACAACAAACCAAAUCUCUUUGAUCUGAAUCUGUCUGAUCACAAUCUGUCAGACUCAGAUCUCUGUGAAUUAGAAGAUUCUAACUCUGAUCUGUCUGACUUAGAUACUGACGAGCCAGUGAACACGUGAGAAUUGGAUGUUGACAAGUUUCAGAAAGCUGAUUUAUCAAACUUUAAGCAGUACGAUUCGGAACUGGAAGCCAGAUGAAGAGACAGCCUAGAUGAAAUGUCAUUUGAAUUAUACAAAGAUCAGACAAUCCCUGGGGAUCCAAGAGUUUAUGUUAGUCAAUAUUUUCUUAGAUAAGUUUAUUUAGACAAGUGGUCAAGGGUUUAAAACAGGGGGCAGAUGAAGUCGUGGCUCUCAGAUGUGUCCACAAAGACAACACGGGAGCAGCUACCAGAGAAGCCACUAUAUUAAAACAUUUCAGGGAGCUCCAAGCUGACCAGAAGAGCCUGAUUAUGUCAAUCGAUCACUUUGAAUAUAAUAGGAGUGGCUGGAUAGGCCUAGAAAAAAAUGUGGGGUCUGCACACCAGAUUAGUCAGUGUGUUAGCUCUAGUAGAGUUCAGCCUGUGGCGUUGCAUUGCACGUUCCUUUAUUCUUUCUCAUAAAAAAAAGCAAAAAGUCCAUUACACUCAGAUCAAAAUUGAAGAAUGCAAAAUUAGUUACACUACUGUGGAUACAGAGGAAGAUUCUCAGGAGGAAACUUCAAACUUAGCAUUCAAAGUUUUAACGUUUAGUGUUAGCGUUUAGUUUUAGCGUUUAAUUUUAGCGUUUAGUGUUGGCGUUUAGUUUUAGCAUUUAGUGUUAGCGUUUAGUUUUAGCGUUUAGUGUUAGCGUUUAGUUUUAGCAUUUAGUAUUAGCGUUUAGUUUUAGCGUUUAGUUUUAGCGUUUAGUGUUAGCGUUUAGUGUAGCGUUUAGUUUUAGCGUUUAGUGUUAGCGUUUAGUUUUAGCGUUUAGUGUUAGCAUUUAGGUUUAGCGUUUAGUUUUAGCGUUUAGUGUUAGCGUUUAGUGUUAGCGUUUAGUUUUAGCGUUUAGUGUUAGCGUUUAGUUUUAGCAUUUAGUAUUAGCGUUUAGUUUUAGCGUUUAGUGUUAGCGUUUAGUUUUAGCGUUCUAAAACUGGGUUAGGCCAUAACAGGGUUGGGGUUGGGUUAGUAAUAAAGUAAACGAACAAAAAAAAAUAAAAAUAAAAAAUCCUCUACUAUUAAUCGCCACCUUAUCGCGGUGUAGGGGUUUGCGUGCCCUGAUGACCCCAGAAGGUAUGUUGCCUGGGACUGUUUGUCCCUGUUAGGUUCUGCCAUGGCAACUGGGCUCUGGGUCAGGGGCCAGACUAAGAGCGAUUAAUUAAUUCUUAUUAGGACUACAAAAGCAGUGGAGAAAAACUCUCUCCAAGACUUUUUAAAUGAUUGAGUUUUAGUAGUUACGUAGUUGGUAUAAAAGAAAAGUUUUCACAGAAAAUAUUUUCCGUUAUCUAGAUCAGCGGUUCCCAACUUGACCCUCCAAAGGGGUCCCUCUGUGUCUGUGCUGAGGUUGUUGGGUUACAAAGAUUAUUUAUUAUUUGUAAAAAAUUACUUUUCUAAAAUCCCAAUUACACGCCUAAUCAAAAAUAUGUAUAGGAGUUACAACACCGCAUGUCUGUGCAGUUUGUAACUAAUCAUGUGUGAUGUGUGUUUGUAGAUGGGGUUGGGGGGGUCCUGGCUUGUUUUCAACACUGGUACGGGGGUCUUCAUGGUAAACAGUUGGGAACAACUGAUCUAGAUGAAAUAUGGUGUUUACUAAUUUAAAAACUGUAGAAAUUUUAAAGUAGUAUAUUUUAUUCUGAAAGUAUUUACAGGAAGUGCCAAUCAUCUUGUUUAACUUGAUAUAAACGCUGUGGUAACAGCUUCUGUCCGCAGGAGGGCGGAAACAUCCUUCAUCGUGAAAGUCAGACAAUGAAGGGUUUGCUUGUUUCAACCAUCGACAUGUGGUUUCUACCCAGUUGAUCUGAAAAAUUACAUAAAUCCCUUCAGUCAAAUGCUGAUUACAAAUAAACCAAUUAAAAAUCAAUUUAGACAGAAACAUGUAUACAAAAGUAUUUCUAUUUGUUAAUGCUUAUUUUGUGCAUUUGGUUUAGUUUUAUUUCUGAAUUUCAGAGGUUAUUUUUAAAGUUAUUGAUGAAACAAGGACCAGUAAGUAGACUGGAUGCGGUCAAAACUCCAGAAGAUGGCAGUAAUGCAGCUGUGCUGCUAAACAGCUCUUUAAUACCAGGACCAUUUGUCACGGUCCGUGGUGAGCCUCCUGCAUGUAACCUGUUUGUUCUGAGUAUUGUUGUAGGUGGGUGUGUCUGAGAGCCACCAGCUGCAGCUGAUCCCGUCAUCAAGGCCCAGGGGAUUUAAGGAGCAGUGUGACACUUCACCACGCCGGAUGAUUGCUCAGCUUUGGGUUUCACUCCACCCUCCACCAUCUCAAUACCAGCUCGGAUUCCUGCACUUCAUCUCAUGCUGUCUCCUCCCCUGGCCGCCCGCUCUCAGCCGCUCACCUGCACCCACCAAGCCUCUGCUCCUACCUCCUCUCAUAUUCGACAGUCCCUCCUCCUUCUGGAGCCUUCCUGCUCACCUGGACCUGACCUAGCCCUUCCAGAGGCUCUCACCACUAUCUACAUCAAAUCCUCUCCUGGAGCCUUGCUGCCAGCCUGCACGUCGCCUGUUCCCGUUCCUCUGAUUUAAUAAAAAAGAACGUUUUACUUA